GUCUGAUUUCACGUUCAGUCGAGAAUCGUCUUAGCAGAAAAAUAGUACAAGAUAUUUCUUUCCAAAUACAAUUGAAAGUCCUUAAAUAUUACAAAAAUUACUAAAUCUUUUCAUCAAAAAUAACAAAUAAGAUGUCGAAAGCACCAGCUGUUGGUAUUGAUUUAGGAACAACAUAUUCCUGCGUAGGAGUCUUUCAGCAUGGAAAGGUGGAAAUUAUCGCUAAUGAUCAGGGAAAUCGCACUACACCAUCUUACGUCGCAUUCACCGAUACUGAACGUUUAAUUGGCGAUGCUGCUAAGAAUCAGGUGGCGAUGAACCCCACAAAUACUAUUUUUGAUGCUAAGCGCUUAAUUGGUCGUAAAUUUGAUGACCCUACGGUUCAAGCUGACAUGAAACAUUGGCCAUUUGAGAUCAUCAACGAUAACAGCAAACCAAAGAUUCAAGUUGAGUACAAGGGUGAGAAAAAAAAUUUCUUCCCAGAAGAAGUUUCAUCUAUGGUACUCACUAAGAUGAAGGAGACUGCAGAAGCUUAUUUAGGAAAAACGGUUACAAACGCCGUCAUCACUGUCCCUGCAUACUUCAAUGAUAGUCAGCGUCAAGCUACGAAGGACGCUGGUACCAUUUCCGGUUUGAAUGUCUUGCGUAUCAUUAAUGAACCGACUGCCGCUGCAAUUGCUUACGGCUUAGACAAGAAAGCAGUGGGAGAACGUAAUGUAUUGAUUUUCGAUUUGGGAGGUGGUACAUUUGAUGUCAGUAUUUUAUCUAUCGAUGAUGGGAUUUUUGAGGUAAAAUCGACUGCCGGAGAUACCCAUUUGGGCGGUGAGGACUUUGAUAAUCGCUUAGUAAAUCAUUUCGCCCAAGAAUUCAAGCGAAAACAUAAGAAAGACUUGACUAGCAAUAAGCGAGCUCUUCGACGGCUCCGAACUGCAUGUGAACGUGCAAAACGUACUUUAUCAUCAUCUACCCAAGCUAGCAUUGAAAUCGAUUCUCUAUUUGAGGGCACCGACUUCUAUACUUCAAUUACUCGUGCACGUUUUGAAGAAUUGAACGCUGACCUUUUCCGUUCUACAAUGGAGCCUGUAGAGAAAGCAAUUCGGGAUGCUAAAAUGGACAAGGCUUCUAUUCACGAUAUUGUUUUGGUUGGAGGAAGUACCCGUAUUCCAAAAGUUCAGAAACUUUUGCAAGAUUUCUUUAAUGGCAAAGAGUUAAACAAGUCCAUUAAUCCAGAUGAAGCUGUGGCUUAUGGUGCUGCGGUACAAGCUGCAAUUUUGCACGGUGACAAGUCUGAGGAAGUUCAAGACUUGCUGUUGCUCGACGUUACGCCCUUGUCUUUAGGCAUAGAGACAGCUGGAGGUGUUAUGAGUGUACUUAUCAAGCGCAACACUACCAUACCCACUAAGCAAACUCAAACAUUUACUACAUACUCCGAUAACCAACCUGGAGUCUUAAUUCAAGUAUUCGAGGGUGAGCGUGCUAUGACAAAAGAUAACAACUUGUUGGGUAAAUUUGAAUUGGCUGGAAUCCCUCCUGCUCCUCGUGGCGUUCCUCAAAUCGAAGUAACCUUUGAUAUAGAUGCCAAUGGUAUUUUGAAUGUUACUGCAGUAGAAAAGUCUACGAACAAAGAAAAUAAAAUUACAAUUACCAAUGACAAGGGACGUCUUUCAAAAGAAGAUAUUGAACGUAUGGUUAAUGAAGCAGAAAAAUAUCGCGCUGAAGAUGAUAAACAAAAGGAUACCAUCUCUGCAAAAAAUGCAUUGGAAUCUUACUGUUUCAACAUGAAGGCUACAAUGGAAGAUGAUAAAUUGAAAGACAAAAUUACAGAUUCCGACAAAACAUUGAUUCUUGAAAAAUGUAAUGAAACAAUCAAAUGGUUAGACGCUAAUCAGUUAGCUGACAAGGAAGAAUACGAGCAUCGUCAGAAAGAAUUGGAAGGUGUAUGUAAUCCAAUUAUUACCAAGCUGUAUCAAUCAGCUGGCGGAGCACCGGGCGGAUUUCCAGGAGCACCAGGCGCAGGAGGUGCCCCUGGAGCAGGUGGAGCCGGUGGUCCCACUAUUGAGGAAGUUGACUAAAUUACCAUUCCAAGCUAAAUUACUUCAAAAUUAAGUGCAUUUUUUAAAAAUACAUCUAACAUUCCAUUUAUAAAUGACACCGAGGUUCCAUCGUCUGAUAUGAAGAAACAAAUGCAUCUGAGUACACAAAAAAAAAGAAAAGAAAAACAGUAAAGUUAAAUGAAACAGAACAAUAAAAUGUGAAGUAAUGAAGAAGUAA